AUGUGGCUGCCUGUAAUGUUUCAGUGUGGUUAACUCCCAGCUCCUCCUACCUCCAGAGGGAGGUUCCAGGAGAUCUGGCAACUAGAGACAGAGGCAGAGUUUUACUCACAGUAGACUGUAACAGGAAGGUGCUCCGUACAGCCGACAUGUCUGCGUAUACUGACCUGGAGAAGGCAAUUGAUACACUGGUCACCCAGUUCCACUCGGCUUCGGCGGACAACAGUCCAACACUGAAAACAGAUGAAUUCAAAGGUCUUUUGUCCUCCCAGAUGCCUAACAUGGUGAAGGGGCUCAACACAGAACAAGGACUGGGGGAGAUCCUGCAAAAGAUUGGUGUAGGAGAUGGAGAGGGCGUCUCUUUCAAACACUUCUGGAGCUUAAUUGAGUCAGCAGCCUCCAGCCAGCAUAAUAUCCUCAGCCGGUCGGGUUCAUCAUGCAGCUGCAUCCUCCUGUGAAGGGCAGGCUCUCAGCUCGUCAGCAAGCUUUCAGUCUGGAGUUCAAAAGUGCAUUUUAAGCAGUAUAACAAAUAUUCAACAUUAUUUCCACCACAACAAAUUAUGUCCAACCCUUAUCAUAGAAGAAGUUAGUAAUAAAAUCAUGUAAUCUUUUUGUA